AUGCAAGGAACUGAUAUAAUGAGAGCAGAGUUGGUGUAUAGCUUGGAUCUAGAAGACAUCUUAGUCUUGUUUAAGAGAGCAAGGACUGAAAGAAAUAUAGGAAAGCAAUCUUAUGAGUUUUACAAUGCUUGUCUAGAUAGAAUUAAUAACUUAGUGACUGAGAGGAACUCGAAAGUAAAGAAGGACUAAAUCAUCUAAAUUCUCAAUGAGAUGAGUUACUAUAGGCCAAAGGAAGAUGAAAUCUAUGAAAAAUAGAGAAAGCAUCAGGGACUAAUGACUAAGAGUGAAAUGCAAGAUGAUAUCAUCUCAGUAAGGCAUAAAGAGAUCAUCAGUGAAAAAGCAGAUUCUUUCAGAACUGUGCCAGGUGAUAUGGCCAAAUUUGUAUUCUAGAACUUGUCCAAGGGUCUUUUCAAAGAUAUGUUUACCUAGUAUGAUGAAGAGCAAGAAAGCAAAUUCAAAGUCUCUCUUUACGAUGUCUUGUCUAAUUACAUUGAGCUAUAUCAAAAUCUUGAGGUUAGGGUAAAUGACAUGCUGAACUAAGACAAUAUCACAUUAACACCCAAAGAGGGUUUGGAUGUUUUAGUGAGUUACUCAAUAGCCUAAGAAGGCACAAAUACUCUAUUCGUUAAGCUAAUUGAAUUAUUAUUAAAGAGAUAAGAACCCUACGAUAUUGUAGAAAUAGAGCUUGUUCUGAAUUACUUCCCUCAUGUCAUUUGGAGGAAUGAGCAAUAACUCAUGAUUUUAAGAGAUAGGUUUUACUAUCCAAUGACUCUGAAAAUCAAUGAGAUCAUUAAUGAUCUUGACUCAAGGCAGUUCUUAAGUGUAUUUCAGGGGUUGAGUUUAUGCGGGGACUAGGUAUUUAAGCUAGAACUAUUCAACAAAUACCUGAAUUCAUAUGUGCAGAGAAUUCAAGCAGCCACCAAUAAACUUAACGUUGAACAGUGUUUUACAUUUUUGGAAUUGUACAUUUAGUAUAUGAGGGCUAAUCCUUCUCUGCUUGAAAUAAUAGAUUCUCAUUAACUAAUACAGGUUUCAAACUAACUUGUAUUUAAUAAUGAGCUUCCAAAAUUGACUAUUCAUCAAAUAAGUGGGUUAUUUUGGAUUUUCUCCAAUAUUGGUGGAAGUGCCUCAUUCAAUCAAGUUACGGUGGAUAUUGCUGAGGAGAGACUUAGUAAGCUAAUGAGAGAGGAGUUGCUGCUCCAGAAGAACUUAGAAAAAGAUGUCGAAGCAAAUGUCAGGGAGGGAUUAUAAACCAUGAGUGUUCAUGAUUUGGAAGUUAUUGAUUAUUUAUACAACAACGAUAUCAACCUUAAAGAAGUCAGUAAGAGGUCGAAAGAAAUACAAAAACUUAUAAAAUAAGCAAAGCACUGGGACAAGCCUGAGAAAGAGAGAAAAUGGUUCCACAUAUGA